AUUUUAAAUUUAAGUCAUUCUGAGAUGUAGCAUAUGCUGUUAAAUGUCCUGGGUUGUUUCUGCAUGGCUAUAUGCUACUGUAAUAAAGCGUUUACCAUACAGAUUACUAUAUAAAGGACAUAAAGUUUGAAGACCUUUGUUUCCUUUUUUCCCUCUGCUUUAAGAAACAAUAGACCCGGCUCUUCGGUUUUUGCAUGCAAUUGAAUUCACACUCGCAAGUUACAGUAGAUAGGCCUACGUAACUUAUUCGAUAACUUAUCAGAAUUAUAAAUGGAAAUACGCCGACAAUAGAGUGUACAUGUUUUGGGAAAAUAAAGUCAUCUAUACCAAAAAUGCAGUUUACAAAACAAUAAAGACCGUUGUUAAUAGAAAGAUUGCGUUUAAUAUUUCGAAAAUAUCUUAAUACAUGGUCCUGUACAGGCGAAUGAGAGUGAAUUAUUUAUUAUUUAUUUUUUUAUUUUUACCGCAUAGCCUACGUAGUCAUUUAGAAGCGUUAAAGUGGCUACAUUCAGUGAACUCCGGAUCAAACAGAAAAAUUUGAUUUGGAUUGUGUCGACACGACCCGAGUCAAUUGGACGUGGCUGUCAUUCGGAUUUGUUGCGGGAUAUGUUACCUUUUUGUUCCUCAGAGUUCUGCUGUUUGUCAAAGGGUCAGUUUAUAUAUCAUGGAUCAGACUGGUCACCUUCUCUUCCAGGUGGACUUUUCAUGCGUUCUACGGUGCAGGAGCACAGCGCCUUCAGAUUCGCAUUACAACUGUACAAUACCAAUCAAAAUAUAACGGAGAAACCUUUUCAUCUGAACUACAAUGUUGAUAACCUCGAAUCGUCCAGUAGUUUUUCUGUCACUCAUGCAUACUCCAGCAGAGUGGAGCUGGCGCCAUCACACUGUUCCCUCAGAGACACAAUGUCCUCUAUCAGCCCUGAAGGAUAUCCAUGUAGCCAACGAAAGAGUCUGCCACACAUCUGUUCCCAGUUCUCCAGAGGUGUUUAUGCCAUCUUUGGAUUCUACGACAUGAAGUCCAUGGACACCCUCACCUCCUUCUGUGGGGCCCUGCACACCGCCUUUGUUACACCCAGCUACCCCGCUGAUGGCGACGUGCAGUUUGUCAUCCAGAUGCGGCCGGAGCUGCGGGACACCAUCCUGAGCAUGCUGUCGCAUUACAAGUGGGAGAAAUUUGUCUACCUCUAUGACACAGAGAGAGGAUUCUCAAUACUGCAAGCCAUCAUGGAGUCAGCAGUGGCCAACAAUUGGCAGGUGACUGUUCGGUCAGUGGGAAGCAUCACAGAUAUUCAUGAAUACAAGCGCAUCAUUGAGGAGAUGGACAGGAGGCAGGAGAAACGAUUCUUGAUAGAUUGUGAAGUGGAAAGGAUAAAUGGUUUUCUGGAACAGGUUGUAACACUUGGGAAGAAUGGCCGAGGCUACCAUUACAUCUUGGCCAAUCUGGGCUUCUCGAAUGUGAGCCUAGACAAGGUCAUCCUCGGUGGCGCGAACAUUACUGGAUUUCAGAUUAUCAACCCUGGAAACCCUGUCGUACAGCAGUUUCUCCAACGCUGGGACCGACUGGAUGAGAGAGAAUUCCCAGAAGCAAGAAAUGCACCACUGAAGUAUACGUCUGCGCUGACCCACGAUGCAGUUUUGGUUAUUGCGGAGGCCUUUCGGUACCUGCGCAGGCAGAGGGUGGACGUGUCUCGGAGGGGCCGGGCUGGGGACUGCUUAGCCAACCCCGCUGUACCAUGGAGUCAAGGCAUUGACAUUGAGAGAGCGCUCAAAAUGGUACAAGUACAAGGUAUGACUGGAAAUAUACAAUUUGAUACCUUUGGUCGAAGAUCUAACUACACCAUUGAUGUAUAUGAGAUGAAGCCAGGUGGGGGACGAAAGAUCGGGUACUGGAACGAAUAUGAAAGAUUUGUGUAUAUUAUGGAUCAGCAGGUUACCAACGAGUCGUCAUCUGUGGACAACCGAACAAUUGUGGUCACUACUAUUAUGGAAGCACCGUAUGUGAUGUACAAGAAAAACUACAUGAAUCUGGAGGGGAAUGAGAGAUACGAAGGCUACUGUGUUGAUUUAGCUUCUGAAAUCUCAAAACAUGUGGGGAUAAAGUACAAGCUCUCUAUUGUAUCGGACGGAAAAUACGGUGCCAGGGAUCCUGAGACCAAGACAUGGAACGGGAUGGUGGGUGAACUCGUGUACGGGCGAGCUGAUAUUGCGGUCGCUCCACUAACUAUAACACUGGUGCGAGAAGAAGUCAUUGAUUUUUCUAAACCAUUUAUGAGUUUGGGAAUCUCCAUUAUGAUUAAGAAGCCUCAAAAAUCCAAACCUGGAGUGUUUUCCUUCCUGGACCCCUUGGCCUAUGAAAUUUGGAUGUGUAUAGUGUUUGCCUAUAUUGGAGUCAGUGUGGUCCUCUUCCUGGUCAGUCGCUUUAGUCCCUAUGAAUGGCAUAUGGAGGACAUUGAUGAAGCCAAAGACCCCCAGACCCCUCCGGAUCCACCCAAUGACUUUGGAAUUUUUAAUAGUCUCUGGUUUUCCCUGGGGGCCUUUAUGCAGCAAGGAUGCGAUAUUUCGCCAAGGUCCUUGUCAGGCAGAAUAGUGGGAGGCGUGUGGUGGUUCUUCACACUUAUCAUUAUCUCAUCCUACACAGCCAACCUGGCUGCCUUUCUCACAGUGGAAAGGAUGGUCUCCCCUAUUGAAAGUGCGGAAGAUCUAGCGAAACAAACUGAAAUCGCCUAUGGGACCUUGGACUCAGGCUCCACCAAAGAGUUUUUUAGGCGUUCAAAAAUUGCAGUAUAUGAAAAAAUGUGGUCUUACAUGAAAUCUGCAGAGCCUUCUGUGUUUGCCAAGACAACACCAGAAGGGGUUUCCCGGGUACGAAAGUCGAAGGGCAAGUUUGCCUUUCUUCUCGAAUCCACCAUGAAUGAGUACAUUGAGCAGCGGAAGCCGUGCGACACGAUGAAAGUGGGCGGAAAUCUGGACUCAAAGGGCUAUGGUGUGGCGACCCCCAAGGGUUCAGCAUUAGGAAAUGCUGUUAACCUGGCAGUCUUAAAACUGAAUGAGCAAGGCCUCUUGGACAAACUGAAAAACAAGUGGUGGUACGACAAGGGGGAGUGUGGCAGCGGGGGAGGUGACUCCAAGGACAAGACAAGCGCUCUAAGCCUGAGCAAUGUAGCCGGAGUCUUCUAUAUUCUUGUCGGAGGCCUGGGGCUGGCGAUGACGGUGGCUUUGAUAGAAUUCUGUUACAAGUCACGAGCUGAAACCAAGAGACUGAAGCUUGAAAAUAAUCUACAGAACUUUAAGCCAGCGGCUCCUGCGAAUACCCAGAACUUCGCCACAUACCGAGAAGGCUACAAUGUGUAUGGAACAGAGAGUGUUAAAAUCUAGCGGUAUGUCCUGCCAACUGUCACUGUACGGCUGAGUUUUUGUUGGAACUUUUUGUGUCUUGUGUUCAUUGUUUUAAUGUGUGCCAGAUCUUUCUUUCUCAAAGUGACAGUCUGAGAGUGUUGUAUCAAUAUGUUGUUUACUAUCACAUGUAGUAUUAUGUUGUUGUUUUGCAGUACUGGUAAUGUCUAAAUGUGCCGGAAAUAUAAAACAUUUAGUAAACAGAACAUUUAUGGAGGGGGUAUUCAGGUUAUUAUUCUGAAAUAUAUCGGAUAAGAGAUGAGAUGGAUCUCUAGUAAAAUGGACAUAUUGUAAUUUUCAUUUACAGGAUAUUUCUAUUUUUCUUGUCUUAAUUUAAAGGAGCCACAGCUUGUUGUUGUAGAAACAGGACUUCUGCAGCUGCCAUCCUUGAGGCAGUGGACUUGGCUGCUGGUCUGGACCUUGUGGUGCUGAAAAGGACAUGUAUAGUGAACUGAAUUUGGUUCUUUUAGUGCCUUUUUGAGUGCAUUAUUGUAUUAUUGCUUUGCUGACAAUACAGAGAUCAUUAAGAUCAUUGUGAAACAAACAGGAAAGAAAAGAAAAAAUAUGUCACUUUGUAUCGCUACAGAUAAUGUAACAUGAAUACAGUUAACCUGAAACUAUCCCACAACUAUGCUCGAAGUCUAGAGGAUAGAGGCAAAUGUAUCCUCCACUAAAAGUUUUGAUCAGCAAAUAACAGAUGAAAAAAUAUCAUUUUACAGCCAGAUUUUAUUGGUGAAAUGUCACUACUGAAGCACCAGCCAUACAAUGUGCUAUUCAUUUCCAAAGUAGUUUUACAACAUGAAUCAUUAAUUCAUUGUUCUGAUAAAAGAAGAAUUUUCAGCCCUAGUUUCAUGAUUUUCUUCAAAUUAUUUAGCUAUAUUUUAUGUUUUUUCUUGUUACUAUUUAAUUUUCUUCUUGACAGUGGUUAUGUUGUCAAACUUUGUUUCAGAAUGUAUCUGGUUAAUAUGGAGUGCAUUGUUUUGAUAAAUGAUUUUAAAAAUCACAUCUGACAUAAACUGGUGCCAAAGACACAUUUUAUGAUAGAUAAAUUAUUCAAGAAAAAUGGUCAAUCUGCGGUUCUAAUAUGGUGGCAUAUUGUUACUUGCUAAAUAUUUCAUGUGAACAGGCCACAUGGCUCUUCAGUUACCCCAAAGGUGACAGUAGCAAAUGUUUAUAUGCUGUUGUAUGCUGGGUUUUCUUUGCUUACACAUUGUUAUAGCGCAUUACAGGAUAGCUCUUUGAAAAAUAUGUAUGACAUUUUAAUUUCAUCGUUCAAGGUUCAUAGUUCAGUGAGUAAUACUAAUAGUUUGAAUGGUCUGAUAUUUUCCAAUUAGGGGCAGCUGAAGUGUAAUUUUCAUUUUCUACUGUUAUGAUUACGUCAGCUCCUAUUAGCAAACUGUGAUUCAUUCAUCUUGAAGAUAUGCAGCAAUCAUUAUUUUAUAAUGAGUACAACAUUUUCAUAUUAACAAGAAUGUUAAAAAAGUAAAGAAACAUGCAUUUGUUUUGUUCAUUUAUUAGUGUGAAGGUUUCACAAAUGUUUUCAGUUUUUAAAACUACAUGUAACAUUGGUGAUUGCUUAAUCAGCCCUACUGUAGUCAACAGUAGAAACUCAACUUUUAUUUCAUCUGUUUUUGUGUCCUUUUCUUUUUUAUAGCUUAGCUGCACUUGCAAAAUUGCAAAUGGAAAAUUGCAACUUUAAGAAAAAAAAAGAGUAGUAUCUGCAUGUGGGAAAAGUUUACCACACCUCUUUAGUGUUAUACAAAGAAUUUUAAUACCUUUUAUAAUAAAAGUGUUCAGAAAUCAAGAAA